AUGGCUGACCAUACAUCCCAUCUGACGACACUAAAAUGGUCCUCACAACUAAUCCUCUCCCCACUGGCGCAUGCCUCCCGAUCCCUCCCAGGCGACAAAAUCCUCCUCCCUCCUUCGGCGCUCGAACAGCUUCUCUCAGCAGCCCCAGUUGUCCAAACCAAUAAUUCACAGUCUUUGAACGCUCAACAACAGUAUACAUCCACCUUCGACCCGUUCAACCCAUAUACCUUUGCCGCCGAAUCGAGAGCUCGCGCAAUAGACUUGUACACUUCCUCCGGUGGCGCGCAACAACAACCACAAUUACCGCAUCCGCUAACAUUUAAACUUGUGAACCCACGCAAUGGGCAGGUGGUAUACGCCGGUAUUCGUGAGUUUUCGGCUGAGGAGGGACAUAUCGGUCUUAGCAAAUUCUUGCGGCAAUCGUUGGGGGUAGAAGCAGAAGCUGAAAAAGAACAGGAAGAGGUUACAGUAACGGUUCAUGCGCAACAACUACCAAAGGGGACAUAUGUGCGCCUCCGUCCACUGGAGGCAGGGUACGACCCCGAAGAUUGGAAGGCGUUAUUAGAACGGCAUUUGCGUGAGAAUUUCACCACGUUGACGGUUGGCGAGCUACUGACUGUCCCCAGUGGACGGGGUCGAUCUUUUGAGUUUUUGAUUGAUAAAGUUGCUCCGGAAGGGAAAGAGGGACAGGAAAAUGGGAUAUGUAUUGUUGAUACGGAUCUAGAAGUUGAUAUUGAGCCGUUGAAUGAGGAGCAGGCGAGAGAAACCUUACAAAAGCUUUCGCAAAAGGCGGCAAGGAAACCGGGCUCAGAAAAGGGGAGUUCGCCUGGAGGACCGAUAAAGAGAGGCCAGCAGGUACAAGGACGGGUCAGGAGGGGGGAUUAUGUGGAUUAUGAAUUGGACAUACAGGAUGCUAGUGGCCAACUGCAGCUGGAACUUGAAGCUGCUGAUGGGGCUGAUUUGGAUAUCUUUGUCAGUCCAUUUUCGGCGUAUCAGAGAGUGCAGCCUAGGAGUGAUGAACAUGUUUUUGGGGAUAUGUCGUCCAAGUCGUUUAAGGUCCUGAAACUGGACGCAUCUCUACCAGAACUGGCCAAUGCGGAGAAGAUGUAUAUUUCUGUACAUGCUUUUUCACUGCUAGAUGACGCAGAAGAUGAUGCGGAAGCGCCAUUUGAAUAUGUUCUUCGCGUGUCUGAUGCUAUGCAAACCGACGCUGGUGAAGAGACCGCCGACUCGAAUGAGCACAAUCCCGACGAUAUCCAAUGCAAAAACUGCCAGCAAUGGGUUCCGCAACGCACCUUGUUUCUACACGAAAACUUCUGUCUCCGAAACAACAUCCUCUGUCCAAAGUGCAAGAAUGUCUUUCAGAAAUCCUCAACUGAAUGGCAGAAUCACUGGCACUGUGAACAGGACGAGUCGUACGGCAACGAUGAGUCCAGCAAAGAGAAGCACGACUAUAUAUUCCACAAAACGCAUACAUGCUUCAACUGCGACUAUUCAGCAGAAAGCCUUCCAUCUCUCGCGCAUCAUCGCACAACCCGAUGUCCCGGCAAGCAGAUCCUAUGCCAAUUCUGUCAUCUGGUUGUGCCCCAACAAGGAGAUUCGGAUCCAGACAUGAACGACCCCGAAGUGUUAUUGUCUGGUCUCACGCCUCAUGAGAUCAUCGACGGAGGACGUACAACAGAGUGUCAUCUCUGCAACAAGAUCAUCCGACUGCGCGAAAUGAAAACACACUUGCGACAUCACGACCUCGAGCGGUUGUCACGACCAGCACCAUCGAUAUGCCGAAAUGUGAAUUGCGGUCGUACCCUCAAGACUUCAAAGGGUACCCCAUUGGGGCUUUGCAAUAUAUGCUUUGCCCCGUUGUAUACAGACGCGCACGACCCCGAGGGGAAAGCUCUAAAACGGCGGAUUGAGAGAAGGUAUCUCUCCCAGAUGCUUACUGGAUGCGGUAAGACAUGGUGUCGCAACGCGUAUUGCAAGACUGGUCAUGAGCGCUCUUCUGCCUCUGGAUCGGUAUUACCGACAUCCUCAAAGGAUAUACUACAAGUUAUUAAACCCUUGAUUGAUCCGAUCAACACCAGACCCCCUUUGACAGACGUGAAUGUUGACCAAGGGACCCCAUUUUACCUAUGUGCAGACGAGACGAGUCAACAGCGCCGUGCAGUCGGAGAAAUGCUUGCUGCCGAGGGCGUGUAUGAUCUCAGAUGGUGUCUUGCCGCGUUGGAAGGGGGUGGUGGUGAUUUGGAGAAGGCGAAAGAGUGGUUGAGUUCAUGUGCUCCUAGGAAAGAUGAGCAGCGAUAA